GCAUUUUCCGCAGGGUCUGACCAAGAACCUUAGUAAAACUGCUUCCUUUCUGUCAGAUGAUGCACUCAUGCGUCCUACCCAGAUUCAUGGUUGGUUUUCGGCGAAUUUAUGGGUAUCAUUAAAGGCUCCGAGCAGGCGUUGAGCUUUCCGGAUGGAUUCCUCGACCGUCCAAGUUACAUUUGUCUUCCCUGUCGCUCCAAUCCAGUCUUUGCAAACCAGAGACACACGCUCUAUGAUAUAUUCGAGAUCUACAUGAAAUUCAAGAAGCAGAAACGCCACUUUGAUGUGGCGGAUCGUACGCAUGCGAUACUCAAGGCUUUGCGAAAUCAAAAAUUUCCCGGUCAACAGGUUGAUCAUAUGUAUGUCGAUGAGGCACAAGACAAUCUUCUGAUCGAUGCGCUGGUUUUGAGGCGACUGUGUAGGCAUUCAAAUAGUCUUUUCUGGGCUGGGGAUACUGCGCAAACGAUCUCUGCUGGAAGUUCCUUCAGGUUCAACGAUCUGAAAGCAUUUGUCUACCGUAUGGAGCGCAACAGUAGCUCGGUAACCCCCACUGGAGUUCCUGUGCAUCAACCAACGAUGUUCCAGUUGGGUAUUAACUACAGAUCACACGAUGGCAUCGUGAAAUGUGCUCACUCUAUCAUCGAACUCAUCACGAAGUUCUGGCCAAACGCAAUUGAUCACCUUCAACCUGAAAAGGGGGUAGUUGAUGGAGUGAAGCCAGUAUUUUUCACGCACUUGGAUAAUGACGCUCACUUCAAACGGUUUUUGGUUGGGGAGAGUGCUAGUAACCCAAAGCUUGGAGCCCGCCAGUGCAUACUUGUGCGGAACGAAGCAGCGGUCAAGACCGUACAAGACAAAGUAGGAGAUAUUGGUAUGAUAAUGACGCUCUACGACAGUAAAGGCCUGGAGUUCGACGAUGUUCUGUUGUACAACUUUUUCGGAGAUUCCGCCGUAGAUGCCUCACGCUGGCGGGUAGUUCUCAACGGGGUGCAGGGUCAAGGAUAUGCGCCUGAUUUUUAUCGUGACGAAACUCGGUACGCUGCAAUAUGUAGUGAGUUGAAACUCCUCUACGUGGGAAUUACCCGUGCAAGGAAGAACGUAUGGAUCCUUGAUACAUCUGACAAGUCUGAUGCUAUGCGCAUUUUCUGGGAGUCUCAAAAUCUGAUCCGCACCUGUGCCCGAAGCACGGAUAUUUCUCCUCUAGCUGCCUCUUCUACUCCGGAUGAGUGGGCAUUCUCCGGGCGCUCACUGUUCUUCCACAAGCGCUACUCACAGGCUAUCCAUUGCUUCGAGCGUGCUGACAUGCAUCGCGAAGUGAAGGUUUGCAAAGCUUAUCUACUACGGGAGGCAGCGCGUUCCAGUGUCGGAGUGGCCUUGCUUAACGUUCAACAAAGGGCUUUUACUGCGGCAGCAGAUGCCUUUGUUGAAUGUGCUGCAGCUGCUACGGGCAAUGAGAAACGUCAAUAUUACCGCACCUCGGCGUAUUGCUACAUCCGAGGAGGACAAGACCUCAAAGCUGCUGAUAACUAUCUCAAAGCUGAAGAGUUCGAGCUAGCUGCAAAGAGCUAUCGCAAGGGUGGAUCAUUUGACAGGACACUGCAUGUCCUUACUGACCACCGCGCCGUGAUCCCUGAGAAGACCGCAACAGAGUUGUGGAUGGUAUGUCGGCUUCAUUACUGCAGCAGAAGCAACGAUCAAGCCCCUGUGCCACUAUUCUCUUCUUCGUUUGAUGAGGAACUCGAGUUUUUGGAAGAAUACGAUUUGGACUGUGCUCGUGCUUCCCUUCUGGAGUCUCACUCGAUGUAUUAUGAGGUCGCGGAGAUACACCUAUCAGAGAACCGCCUCAUCGAAGCAGUACAAGCGUUCCUCAAGGACAACAUACACAUUGAUUCAGCUGCUCGUGCUGCUGACACUCUUUUGGAAUUCAUGUGGCGCAAAUGUUCAUUCGGGAUCACCCCAAAAUCCGCCAUUGUUGACGACUCAGUCCAGCAAGCUAUGGCCCUCACUGAUCAGCUACAAACGAAGAAACUGGAGCCCAUGACUUGUCGUUUGAUUUUGAUGUUUCAGGGCAUCUUGCGAGAAGAUCAUGAGUCGUUGAAGAAACUUGCCCUUACCUUCCAGGAACAUGAUCACCACACUGCCGCUCUCCUUUGUCUGGAUCACUUUUUCACUCGAUUGGCAGACAUUCGUCCUUUCCAACUCCAUGAAAUGGCAAGCUUUCUUGAAACAUUUCAUACCUAUGCGCGACUACUGUAUCAAACUUCGACCAUGCGUGACCCCUUAGGGCGCCGCGAAUGCGAUGUACAGAGACUAUUAUCAAUUGUACCGCUAUCGGGCGACGAGUUUCUCAUACCGAGUGGAACAUUCCUGUACGACAACGUAACAAAAAAUCCUCGGAAUCACCGUCUGGUCUCGGUGCAUCAAUCUGGAUAUAAGGCCUCUCGUAGAAACGCGACAGAAUUGAUCCAUCUGUCCAUUCGAACUGUUUUGAAGGACAAGGUUUUAGAACUCGACAAAAUGUGUUGCGACGCUCCAGUCUUUUUGCAAUGCUUGCCAUUUAUUGUCUCCGGGACGUGUCAAAGACAGCAAUGCCCCCAGAACCACAUUGCGAUAUCGAAUAUGGACCGCGUGCAGUAUAACGCCCACGUUGCGAUCCACAUACAGCUUAUUCUUAUAUUGCAACUCUUGUACUCCGCGCAUCCUAGUACGAAACAAUGGGAAAGCAUGAGAGACUGGCUCGAACACCUUUAUGAGGCGCUGGCUCCUCCUUUGUUCAUUCAAGGUUCCUUUGCGGACCUCGACCUGACCCUCAUUCCACAUGGUUUAGUUGGUUUGAGAGUGGUGAAGAACUGGAUUCGCGAAUCUUUCUAUAGAUUGAACCCAUCCAAGAGCCCCCAAUUUCUGACGACCUUGAUGAGAAUCACCAGUCUGAGUUUUGCUUUCGACCGGAAUGAUGCUCCCACCUACAUUGCUCAGGCAAAGCUUGUCCCCAAAAAUACAUUUACCGAGCUCCUCCGACAGCCAGAUAAUCGCUACCUGGUGGUGGACAUGUUCAAUUCUUACCAAGGAGCUUCUCCCAGUAGUAUAUCAUCGGGAAUUCUGUUUCUACUGCAUGUCCUCGACAACGGUUUACGUAUCAAUCUAUCCGUUCUAUGCGACUGCAUUGAGGAUAUCCUUUCCUCUUUCGUUAUAAAUCACAGAAUGGAUCCCAUCCUGGACGAACUUCCACUGCAUGGUGCUGUUCUUCCAUCCCACUGGUUGAUCUUCCCCCAUAAGUUUUCUGUGAAAAAAGACGUCGAACCGGAGUCAAUAAGCUCGCUCUUGGGUGCGAUAGGGAAUCUAAUACAGAGAUUGCGCGUGGGUAGUGCCAUGGGUUCUUUGUGGCUUGCCCAUAUUACCAAUAUCACACCAUUACUUCGCAAUAUUUUCAUCUUCCGGCUUUGUAGAACACUCUGCCUUGUUGCUCACAACACACGGUACCCUAUGGUCAAGCGCAAAGUGAAUGCGAUCGUGCUUCAUCUGCACGCAAGCAAUGAACCUCAGCGCCCUGCAUACUAUCAAAAACUCGUGAACGACGUUGUUGAGCAUAUGGCGCUUUUACCCGGCAGAGGAAUGCCUCGCUUAGAUGGCUACCUGCGUGCUGUUCUCGAUUUCGAUACCAACAAGGGUUCGAGCGAUCUUGUCAAACUUGUUCACAAGACGAGUAAAUCUACUCAAACUUCGUUGGUGCGACAACUGUUUUAUGAAAAGUCUAGUGACAUUCCCUAUCUUCUUUCUUCGCAUAUGGUUGCUGCACAGUCUAUGCUGAGAGCGGAGGCAGCUGCCUUCGUGCCUCGCAUACAGCGUCCCAAAGAUGGUGUAGAGAUUCUUCCGGCCGAGAAGGAGAACUCAAAUCUGGUGCCCCAGGAGGCGGAUAGAGAGGAAGUAAAGGAGAAAGAAGUUUCAGUGAUUGUUGAUUCUGAGGCCACUGAUGACAUGGAAGAUAUGGACGAGGCGGUCACAUCCCUCACAUCCCUUGAUCCUGUGCCAGACGAGUCCCUUCGUUCCAACGGGCCAUCGGAAGAGCAGGUCUUUGCAGCUCGCACGAUUCAGUAUGCAUAUCGCUAUCACGUUUGGCGACGUUCAGGCUCUGCUGUAGAUGCAGAACUCCGUGCGAUAUUCACGACAUGCCUCAAGGAGACGCGGACCUCUAAAUGGCGUCCAAGUUAUUACCGUCUUCUUUUCCUCGGACCAUUGCCCCACCUUCUGGCGUGCCUGGAACAAGGCAUUGCGCUAACUCACGCUGCCAAAAUAAAGACGAAAGACCUUUUCAAAACCGAGUCUCAUGAAAAGCUUGAGGAGUUGGGCAGGCAGAGAAGCGAGAUCACAUUGCUCCUCAAAAAAGGCAUGCAAUUGCGCGGUAAGCUAGAGCCUUCCUCACCAGAUCAUCGUACCCGGGACAUCGAUGCUCUCAAACGAGCGGUUUUAGAGGUCGGAGAAUUUAUUCAGAAAGUUCCCGGCAGCACGACGGAUAUGCAAGCUAAGUUCCAGAUGGCUUAUAAGGGAAUCGUUGCAGAGAAGAAACUGUUUUACGUGCGAAACGAGAGACCUGCUCUCAACAUCGAGGAUCUAGAUCCCAUUGUUUGAAUAUUUGUGUACCAAUUCCGUGACAUGCUUAGUCAAGUUAGUGUCCCGUACGUACUAGUAGUCGUUCUUUCUCAGUUAUUAUCUCCAACUUGCGAGUAGGAACGACUCGGAUUGCACCACUGCAUCUCGAUAAUUUACCGGCAUGAUACCCACCAUACUGGCAUGGAUGAAGGACUCAGGCUUGAAUUAUUGAUUUACUCAAUUCCGGGAUGAGAUUGCACACUCGCCGAUUACUUUCGGUAUAUUCGAGAAAACUAUGAUUGUCAUUUAAAGAGAUG